GAAACCUCAGCCAAGUGCAGAAGAUACGGCUAGAGAUCGACCAGAAGAACCAAUCAGUUAUCAGCAACAAUACGGAUAUCCAUGUGCUGACGGGGGCACUGAAGCUAUUCUUCCGCGAGCUGAAAGAGCCGCUGCUUCCAUGCAGCAUGUUCGAUAGAGUCCUCGCCGCCUGCUCGAUCAAGCCUCGAGAGUCGCGGAUUAAGGAGUUCCGGGAUAUUGUAAACUGCCUUCCCGAGUGCAACCGGGAUACGCUUAAAUUCCUAUUGGAACACCUGCUUAAGGUGACACAAUACAGCGAGCGGAACCGCAUGCACACAGCUAACUUGGCGAUUGUGUUCGGUCCCACGCUGCUGUGGGCGCCGGCCGCGCAGGCGCACAACAUCGCCGUCGACUGCAUACAGCAGAACAACGUCGUAGACAUCCUCCUCAACGAUUACCACGAUAUAUUCGAUAGGAGGCAUGCGUGACUGACCAGAUAUAAACCAGUUAUAUGAAUUGGCAUGUGCCAAUUUACACACAUAUUUCGUUUAAGUUGACACAUGAACGACAACUGUACUCUUGUGAUCCACGUGCCAAUUGAAAUAGACUCAACAUCAAAGUUGGCACAUGGACGACAGCUGUACUCUUGUGAUCCACGUGCCAAUUGAAAUAGACUCAACAUCAAAGUUGGCACAUGGACGACAACUGUACUCUUGUGAUCCACGUGCCAAUUAAAACACACUCAACAUCAAAGUUGGCACAUGGAGGACAACUGUACUCUUGUGAUCCACGUGCCAAUUGAAAUAGACUCAACAUCAAAGUUGGCACAUGGAGGACAACUGUACUCUUGUGAUACACGUGCCAAUUGAAAUAGACUCAACAUCAAAGUUGGCACAUGGAGGACAACUGUACUCUUGUGAUCCACGUGCCAAUUGAAACACACUCAACAUCAAAGUUGGCACAUGGAGGACAGCUGUACUCUUGUUAUCCACGUGCCAAUUAUAACAAUCAAAAUCAAAGUUGGCACAUGGAGGACAACUGUACUCUUGUGAUCCACGUGCCAAUUAAAACACACUCAACAUCAAAGUUGGCACAUGGAGGACAUUUGUAUUAUAUGCCACGUGGCAAUUAAAUACAGUCUGCCGAUAGAAGUUGGCACGUCGGUACAAGCGUACUACUGUGCGCCACGUGCCAAUUAAAACAUAUAUGCAGAACUAAAGUUGGCACGCACAAGAGCAUGCUUGUUUCCAAUGUGCCAACUAAUCGUACGAGAAAACAAAAUGUUCUCUGAAAUUAUGUUAUAUUUUACAUAAAAAUGCUUUGUUAAAUUGCUAAAUGGAUAUCAAUAUUGUAUUUAUAUAGCUGGUUUAUUAAAUUUAAUCAAAAUGACAUAUUUAGAAUUCAACUCGUAUAUCGCAGAUUUAGAUUAUUAUAAGUUUCGUUGCUGUAAAUUGGCGUUUGUAUAGAUAAUAAAUAUUUAGUAUGGCGGCUUUCAUCUGAGUGAAAACGAAUAAAAAAUAAUUAAAUCGAUAUUACUCAGUUGAAAUUUCACCUUUAUUGUAAUGGUUAAAUGAGUUGUUAUUAAGUUGGCGAUUUUUUUUAUUCAAUUCAAUAUUAAUCACGAAUUAAAACAUGUAAAUCUAAUUUAAGCUUCAAAUUGACAAUGAAAUUAAAAACAAAAAGUUUGAUCUGUCAAAACUUUGACAGAUUAUAAAUUGGCGCCAAAGUAACUGUCACAAUAACUUUUUUCGUUCAGAAAGUCGUUAACGCAAAUGUAAAAUGAUAAUUUAGAAUUCUAUUUUAUAGUACAUUAAUGUUAACUAAGUUUUUAUGUUUCCUUUCUUGUAGAUAAUUGUGAUAUGUAUGAAAGUGUGUGUUUGUAAACUAUGAUCUCUGCCUUUAUUCUAGCAUUUCUUACAGAUUAUAUAACCUAGAGAUUUCCAUUAAAAUCUUAUGAUGUUUGAAUAAAAUAGUAGUUUAGGCUCCUUUUUACUAGACUGUGCAAUCAACUUUCUGUGGACAAACUUUGAUUUGUCUUGUUUGAAACCAUAUUUUAUGAUACCACUGUGAUCAUUCAAUAGAAAUGUUUAAUAGAAUUCCAAAUGUUUAAAUUUUUUUAUUUCUCUAACAUUAUACCAAAAUAUAUAUGUUUUUUUAUCUGUUGUAAUUUCUAUGUAAAUGAUUCUCUCUAAAAUGCGCUUCAAAAUUGUAUGACCGUUAAAAUAGUGUUGUGAUUGGUCAGUUUUCAAGACUGUGGAAAGUUUAAUAGUCUAUUGAGUAGUUUUCUUGUAGUUUUAUAGUUCAAGCGCCACGCGAGAUCCUAGUUUCCCCUACAGCAUUCUCCGGGGCCAACAUUGUAAAUAGAAGCAUCCUAUUUUAGGCUCUAAGCCGGCUUUAUGUGCCUUAAUAUAAAUUUGAUUUUGUAAAUAUUCAUCAUAGAUGAUAAAUGAGGUUAUGUGAUAUAAUAGUUGUUUGUGAAUUUUGUUUAUAUUUCUUUUUUUUGUAAUGAAAAUGCAUGCAAGUGACGGUCUAGUCCUUAUCGUUAUAAAAUGGACUUUAUUAUCAUCAACUGUGUAAGGGAUAUCUUUUAACACGAUUGAGCAAAAUGGCGCGAAAACAUUUGUAAAAUUGACUUGUUUAGCAGUUUUUUUUUUCACUUACUAUGUAUCUGUUAAUUCCAAUACAUCAUAACCUUAAUAAAAUAAACACAUUUCUUUAUAAAUUUCUUUAAAUAACAGUAUUUCUUCACUUGUCACUUUGUCGUAAUUUGACAUUUGACAUUUCGCGCGCCAUUUUAUUUAGUCGUGUUAUAUUACACGACAAUGUGGAAUGUAACACCGGUUUGUGACUUCGACGAGCUAGGAACCAAAGUUUUGUAUCAUCGGCUGAUAGAAUAGCUAUAUAUAAAUAUAAUUUUGUUGUGUAAUUAUUCAAUAUAUUAUUAUUUUAACGCCAAUAAUGCUUGGAAAUAGAAAACGAAGUUACAUAAAAUUAAAAUCACUUAUUCAAUA